GGGUAGUGAGCUAUUUGAAUAGGGAAGAUGGCAGCCGCGGCAGUGGUGGAGUUUCAGAGAGCUCAGUCUCUCAUUAGCACAGACAGGAACGCGUCUAUUGACAUUUUUCAUUCAAUCGUGAGGCGAGAUGUCCAGGAGGAUGACGAAGAGGCGGUUCGUGUCAAGGAGCAGAGUAUCCUGGAGUUGGGUAGUCUCCUUGCUAAGACCGGACAAGCUGCAGAGCUUGGAGGCCUGCUGAAAUUCGUGAGGCCUUUUCUAAUCUCCAUAAGCAAGGCGAAGGCAGCACGCUUGGUGCGCUCACUCUUAGAUCUGUUCCUGGACAUGGAAGCAGCCACGGGACAGGAGGUCGAACUGUGUCUGGAAUGCAUAGAGUGGGCCAAAGCUGAGAAGAGGACCUUCCUCAGACAGGCCCUCGAGGCUCGCCUAAUUUCGCUCUAUUUCGACACUAAGAGAUACCAGGAAGCCCUGCAUCUAGGAACCCAGUUGCUGCAGGAACUCAAAAAGAUGGAUGACAAAGCUCUGCUGGUGGAGGUUCAACUACUGGAGAGUAAAACCUACCAUGCACUGAGCAACCUGCCCAAAGCCAGGGCUGCCCUCACCUCAGCCAGGACUACCGCCAAUGCCAUUUACUGUCCCCCAAAGCUUCAGGCGGCUCUCGAUAUGCAGUCAGGUAUUAUCCACGCGGCUGAAGAGAAAGAUUGCAAAACGGCCUACUCUUACUUCUUCGAGGCUUUUGAGGGCUAUGACUCCAUCAACAGCCCCAAGGCUGUCACAGCACUUAAAUACAUGCUCUUGUGCAAGAUCAUGCUCAACUCGCCAGAGGAGGUACAAGCCCUGAGCAGUGGCAAACUGGCUCUACGAUAUAUAGGGAGAGAGACUGAUGCACUCAAAUGUAUAGCACAAGCCAGCAAGAACAGAUCAUUAGCAGAUUUCGAAAAGGCCCUGUCAGAUUACACUAAAGAACUGAGAGAUGACCCCAUCAUCAACACACACUUGGCCAAACUUUAUGACAAUUUGCUGGAACAGAACCUCAUUCGGGUCAUUGAGCCUUUUUCCAGAGUACAGAUAACACACAUAGCAGGUCUCGUCAAACUCUCAAAGGAUGAUGUUGAGAGGAAACUGUCACAAAUGAUCCUGGACAAAAAGUUUUAUGGGAUCCUUGACCAAGGGGAAGGUGUGCUUAUCAUAUUUGAGGAACCCCCGGUGGACAAAACCUACGAGGCAGCCCUAGAAACCAUACAGAACAUGAGCAAAGUUGUGGAUUCGCUGUACAACAAGGCUAAGAAGUUAACAUAGACGAAACGUCAGAAGCUGCUGCUGUGUGAAAUGUUUGUAUGUUUGUGAGUUUGCCUGUAUGUAUGUGUGUGUGUGUAUAGCCAACACGUGGAUCCGUCUCACAGCAAAGGGACAACGAAAAAUGCAACAGGAUCUACUGGUUCCCCAGUUGAGAAUUUUUAAUGUCUCUUUCAAAUGGACAAUUUCAUCUGAUUUCCUGUUUUUUUUUCUCUUCUGUAUCUCUUAACGGCCAACGCAGGCCAUCAGGGAAUGUUGUACAACUACAAUAAAAUCCUAAAAUGUCAUAAAGAAAUGUAUAGCUCUUCUACAUUUAAAGUUUUUUUUAUUACAGCAACUUUGAUACACGGACUCUUGGGUUGCAGUGAUCUGCGGUUCAUUUGUUGCUUGCAGAAGAACACAUUUUUUUUCUCCAACUUUUUUCCGAUUUAAUGGAUGUAUGUGUCACGCUUCAGGUGUGAUUUUAAAGGUUUUUGGCAGUAAUGCAGUUUGAUAGGCUCUGUAAUAAGCACAGUUGCCAAACAUAUAACCACACACUAGAAGAUUAUUUUUGAAGUUCAUAUGAUCAAGAGUAUUGUUUGUCAUUUACUUUCUUAGUACGCUGUCUUUACAGUUUUGUACUUCCAGAUUACUGUUUGCCAAGUAGGGUGGUUAUAUUAAAUGGCCCCACUCUCACAAUUGUUUUACUGUACUCCUCUUUGAUAAAGUACUCCUAUUCUCAAGACACA